AUGUCACAGGUCGCCUCCCAGAACCGGUUCGCCUACCUUGGCAACGACUCCGAUGGCGAGGAGAAGCCCGUCGUCCCUGUCAAGACCGUCGACAAGGCCACAACCCGCACUACUAAGCGCAAUGUCGAGCCUCAGGCCCCCCAGGCCCCUGUGAGGACUGGCGGCAACCGCCGUGGUGGCCCCGGCGGAAGCGAGGGCGCUUUCCGUGACCGCGCCGCCGGUCGGGAACGCAACCAGGGCCGUUCCACCGAGGAGACCCCUAGAGAUGGUCCUCGUGGUGGUCAGGGUGCUCGCGUCCGUGGAGGACGUGGCGGACGAUUCCCCCGUGACCGUGACGACAGACAUCCUCACAAGUCCGGUACCACCACUGGCUCCGAUAAGCAAGCAGCUCAGUCUUGGGGUGCCACCGAAGGCAAUGCCGAGCUUAAGGACGAGCAGGCCGGUGAGGCCAUCGCCGAGUCUGAGAAGAAGGAUGAGCAGCCCGAGGAGGCCGCUGAGCCCGAGGAGCCUGAGGACAAGAGCAUCUCCUACACCGACUACCUCGCCCAGCAGGCCGAGAAGAAGGCCGCCCUUGAGUCUGAGCUUAACAUCCGCACCGCCAACGAGGGUAGCAAGCUCGACAAGAAGUGGGCCAACGCUAAGCCCCUCGAGAAGGAGGAGGAUGACUUUAUUGCCGCCUCCGGUGGCAAGAAGCAGCGCGAGCGUGAGCGCAAGGUGAAGCAGACUGUCGACUUCGACCCCCGCUUCGUCGAGCCCGAGCGAACCCGUGGCGGCGGCCGUGGUGGCCGUGGUGGUCCUCGUGGAGGCCGUGGCGGCGAGCGUGGCCGUGGCGGAAACUUCCGUGGUGGACGUGGUGGCCAGGGCGCUUCUAUCAACACCAGCGACCAGUCUGCCUUCCCCAGCCUCGGCGGCAACUAA